AUGGCAUCGAAUACUAAACUUCGUGUAACAGUUACACUUCAACCAUCAGGAAAAUCAAGUGUAAUAAUUAUUCAAACAUUUGAAGAUCUUCUUCGUCAAUGUUCAUCAAAAUUUCGUGUUAAAGUACGUCGUAUUUUUUUAGCAACAACAGGAGAAGAAUUAUUAACAGAUUUAUCACGAAUUUCAAAUGAUACUAAAUUAAUUGUAACAUGUGGUGAUACAUAUACAAUAGCAAAUACAUCAUCAUCAACAAAAACAACAGAUUCAAUAAUCGAUUCAUCAUCAGUUUCUAUUCAAAUUAUUGCAAAUAGAACAUUAAUUGAACAAGCAGCUAUUGAUCAAUUGAAAAAUGUGGCUCGAUUAUAUGCAAAAGUGAAACAUAUUUGGGGUAUGCCUGAUUUACAUGUUGGUCAAUCUACACCUAUUGGUUGUGUUGUUGCUACUGAAUCAACUAUUGUUUAUCCUGAAUUAAUUGGUUCUGAUAUUGGUUGUGGUAUGAGUUUUAUUCGAACAUCAUUACGUCUUAUAUCUGAAAAUGAUGAAAGAAAAUUAACUAAAUGGACAAAACAAUUACAAGAUUUAGAUGAUUAUUUAUCAAAUGAAAUAAUUCAAGAAUUUCUACAAUCAAAUCUUGAAUGGCCAACAAUAGUUGAUAAAAUUACUAAUAAUCAUAUUGAAAAUGAACAAUUAGGUACAAUUGGUGCUGGUAAUCAUUUUGUUGAAUUACAACGUAUUGAAGAACUCUAUGAUAAUAAAUAUAAUGAUCUAUCAACAGACUAUCUUUAUUUACUUGUUCAUUCUGGUAGUCGAAGUUUAGGUGAAAGAUUUUUACGUGAAUAUGGAAAAAGUAAUGAUGAAACACGGGGACUUGAAAAAGGUACUGAGGCUUAUGAAAUUUAUAUGCGUAAACAUGAUGAAGCAUGUACAUGGGCUAAACGUAAUCGAGCUUUAAUAGCUCAACGUUUUCUUACUUGUCUUGGUGAUACAAAUUCACCACAAUGUCUUAUUGAUAUUUGGCAUAAUAAUGUUAUCUUAAAAGAAUUAUCAUCCGAACAAUAUCAAGUACAUCUUCAUCGUAAAGGUGCAGCACCAUCCGAUAAAGGUCGUAUUAUUAUUCCAGGUAGUCGUGGUACACAUUCCUAUCUUGUUGAAUCAAUUGAUGAAAAUCAAGAAUUAUCUGGAUAUUCAUUAGCACAUGGUGCUGGUCGUGCUAUGUCACGUUCAAAAGCUCGACAAUAUUUUAGUGAAAAAUAUCCAAAUAUAGAUAGAUUAAAAAUAACAGAAAAUUUAGAAUCACAUGUUGUAUGUGAUGAUAAACAAUUACUUUAUGAAGAACAUCCACAAGCAUAUAAAACAAUUGAUGCAGUAAUUGAUGAUCUUGUUGAUGCAAAACUAAUAAAAGUUAUAGCAAAAAUGAGACCAUUAAUUACAUAUAAAACAAGAUUAACACAUAAAGAAUGA